AUGACCCAAAUGCAGCUCGGCCUCCACUCGGGCGCGUUCUCCACCACCUCCUCCUGCUCCCUCGCACAGUCCUUCACCAACAGCUUCGCCGCUGUCCCGGGAAGCGUGAGGACCUCGCGCCGCGCGUGCGCGCGCGUGAACGUCGUGGGCCCCGGCGAGGGCAUGGGCAGCGAGCAUGAGCGGGCGAGGCGGGCGGCGGGGGCGAUGAGGAGCGCGAGCGAUUUAGCUACCAUGUGGACGUAUAUGCGGGUGAGGGGUGAAGGCUCGUGGGCGAUGCAGAGGUCGGGCACGCGUUUGGCGAAGACGAGCGGGCUGAGCGCGGCUGCGCUGACCUGCGCAAAUUGCAGCAUUACGGGAGCUGCGAGCGCUUUGAAGACAAUGCAAAUCCCGCCAAUGUUAGUGACUCACAUCGGGUCGGCAGAAGGAAGUCAUGUACCACGUCAAAACGAGGGCACGAAGAUACAGGGUCGUGUGGCAAAGCGACCUGGCUCACCGCUGGAACGAGCUCAUACCAAGCGUCAACAGCAGGCUAUCCGGUCAGAGCAAACGGAGCCAAUAGGCCCUGUUGCCCAGAUAUCCGAGGCAAGUUCGAUUGGUGAUGGCGGCCAUCAGUCCGCAACCGCUUCGCCGGACGUCGAGGAGCUUGACAUCGGGACAAAGGGUGAUCAUUACGAAGGACGGUUCAGUGAACGUAAUACUCAAUCCCAUAUCACUCGAUGUGUAGUAACGAACGCUGAUGUCUCGGCGCCGCUCAUAUGGCGCACUACUAGUAACACCAAGUAUACGCCAAGCUCGAUGCCAGUGGCGUGUAGUAAACCCAAGGGACACCAAAUCCCUGGCUAUGACAACGAUCCGGAUGAGAAGACGGCAAACGAAACCGGUGGCGCACGCGUCGAGGAGGCUUCUGCUGAGGCGCCACGGUCAGGAAAGCAAAUCAGUCACUCCAAUGGUUUUGACAGAUUGCAGCCUAGCUCUCGUCCUCUGGACAUAGCACGAUCACGUCGUCAGGGCUAUCCUUGGCACGACAAUUCGUGUUGGCUCGAUACGUCCCUCGAGUUGAUAUUCCACACUGCGCAGCGCGAUUGGGACUCGUUUGAGUGCUGUUUCCCGAGCACGGGGCACCCGCUGACUAUAUUCCGGGUGUUCGAAGCAAUCAGAUAUCGCCGAAAAGUAGCGGGGAAUUGCUGUUCAAGUGACCCUGCGACCCUUCUGUCCGCUCAGCGGGAUGCUCUACGACAAGUGCUACUAGAUUGCGGUGCAAUCAACCACAUGCAGUCACGCGAGCCGGCCUUCGCUUGGUUGGCAUCCCUGCUUCGGCCCAUGGGGAAUGGGAUACAACAGCUUGCAAAUCCAUUUUUCCAGGGCUACAGCGCUCAACUGCGCACCUGCUCAGGCGCCUCGGAUGGUAUUGGCGAACCUGGCCACCAUCAGCACAGGACACGACCCCGUCAUAAUUUCUUCUACCAGCUUUCGACCCAAGACCAUGCGGAUUUUGAGGGCGAUGUCUCGUCCUGGUUCCGAAAUCUACUCGACAUACGGCGCCAGCCUCUCCUGGAACUGCACUUCGAACUCCCGAUCAUGCUCAUUGUAGAUAUAGGAUCCGCGCCGCACAAGACAUGGAACUUCCCUCCCAUUUUACAAGCGCUGCCAUACGACGAGGAUCAAGACAGUCCAUCCGGUUCCCGCGUUCAUGAGCGACGAGAAGUGGAGUAUGAUAUCGUCGGACGUCUCUUUUACGACGAGAGGGAGGACCACUUCUUCUGCCGAUUUCUCGAGCAUAUUCGGAAACUAAACGUGCAUGAAUACGACGGACUGAAGGCAAACGGUAUGGAGCGAUUCCAGAGCAAUGGUGGUGCGAUCGAUCUGGCAGGUCCGCAUUUUGAGCCUCCUUAUGGUUCUCGCACACAAGCCGUUGUCUACCACCUACGAGGAGGCGCACGCGCGCGAGCGAUCAUGUCAUCGCAUCAAAAAUCCCUCAUACGGCGUCAUCACUCACUGCAUAUCACUGCCGAUGAACCUGGCCCUCCGAGGCUGGCGCUAGAUAAAGCUGGAUUUAUCGCCAUGCCCAACGAAGAAAGGCAUUGGCUCUUGAACCCCUCUCGCGAUGUGACGGUCGACUACCAAGCUGUUGUCUCCCUCAGCGGUGGCGAUGUGGCCACAUAG